AAAAAGAAGGUUGAAGCAAAGCCGAGACCUCAGUCGUGUUCAGACAUCUCUACAAGUCCGUUCUUCCCUUCUGACCAACUUGUGGACGAACCUCAGGAUGACGGAGGAAAGCCCCACCCAGGAAAGACGGGGUUUCCAUGUAAAGUACAAGGCUGCUUUCUGAGCGAUCUUUCUCGUCAGACGUCCCUCUAUGUGAAGGAUUUCAAACAGAAAAAACAUGAACUUGCUCCCAGGCUGUACAGUCUUUACAAUCGCACCAUCUUUGAUGAACAGCUCCCCGACAACCUGGAAAUUCUGUGGAAUAAAAAGAUGAGGAAGACGGCCGGCUACUGUGUGACGGGAGAGAGGAAACUCCCCGCUCUGCAGAGAUAUGCCAGGAUAGAACUGUCCGAAAAAGUCUGCGAUUCUGCAGACCGGCUCCGGGACACGUUAAUUCAUGAGGUCUGCCAUGCCGCCACCUGGCUCAUCAAUGGCGUGCGAGACGGACACGGUCAGUACUGGAGGUUCUACGCCCGGAAAUCCACUCUAAUUCACCCCGAAUUACCGAUGGUCACCCGAUGUCACACCUAUGAGAUCAAUUACAAGUUCACCUAUGAAUGUUCCCGCUGCAAGAACACGAUUGGCCGUCACUCCAGAUCUCUGGACACGGAACGAUUCGUCUGUGCGCUGUGUAAAGGAAAGCUGGUCCUGCAGACGGCCACGCGGAAGGACGGCUCCCCGGCCACCACCCAGCUCACUCCAUUUGCCAAGUUUGUGAAGGAGAAUUACGGAUCUACGAAGAGGGAGAUGACUGGGAUGAGCCAUGCAGAAGUCAUGCGGAAACUUGGUGCCGACUUUUCUUCAAAGACCAAAAUUUCUGAUUGA